UUUAAGACAUCAAUAGAAAGUAAUUCUUGGUCUUAGUAACGUUUGUUUUCGUUCUUGUUGUUCGUUAAUCUGCGGAUUAACUACUUAUUUUUUUUAUUUACGCUCGCAACUGUUUUGUUUAAAUCCUUUAUUCGUGUUCCUGUGGAUAAUGUACUGACUCGAUAAACAUACCGACAAAUGUCAAAAUAACUUUUAUACGAGAAGUUUUGGAAUCGGUAGAGGCAAAGUUAGCUGAGUGCAAAGCAAAGGUUUGUGAAAAUGUCUGCACCAGAAUCAGGGCGUAGAUCAGGAGCAGGGGUAGCUAGACGAGGGAAGGUGGAAGAUAUUGAAAUGAGGAAAUUACGAGAAGAUUUGGAUAGGAAUUACAAGAAAGUUUUUGAUAAGCAUGGACCUGAAGGUGUCCCGUUACAAGAUUUACGUCAAGAGUUGGAGGAGGAGGGAAUUACAGAUCAUAUGACCCAGGAACGUCUCAAUUCACUUCUUAAUAAUGCAGAUGCCAAUCGGGAUGCUCAGAUCACGUAUGGUGAAUUUGUAAAAUUGAUGGAGGGUGGUGGUCAAGGUGGCGUAACGCGUGAAGAAAGACAAAGAUUUCGUGGAAUAAUUAGUGCCGCUAUAGAUAAUAUUAUACCACAGAGCAUGAAGGAAGAUUUUAUAGCCAAUUAUAAUUGUCGACCUCCUCCUUUAUUUAUACCUAUCAUCAGUGCAAUAGAGAUUGCUGUAUUUAUAUAUUAUGCUGUAGAAUUAGAAGCUCAAGGUAGACCCAUAACGGCAACAACAGGAGUUGAUAUGAGCAGUCCGCUUGUCUAUAGACCAUCACGUCGCUAUGAAGCUUGGAGAUUUCUAACAUAUAUGUUCAUGCAUCAAGGAUACAUUCAUAUUCUAUCCAACAUGAUUUUUCAACUGCUGUUUGGUGUUCCACUAGAAUUUGUACAUAAAUUUUGGCGAGUGAUGAUUGUUUAUAUACUUGGUGUUAUCGCAGGUUCGUUAGCACAUUCGUGUACAGAUCAUUAUGUAGGAUUAGUAGGGGCUAGUGGAGGGGUCUAUGCGUUACUAGGUGCCCAUGUAGCUGCUAUCAUUACAAAUUGGAGAGAGAUGAAUUAUGAAUGUUGUAGUGGAAGUAUAAAGAGAAUAUUAUUGAGUGCCCCUGUUCGUCUAACAGUUAUAUUAGUUCUAGUAUUACCUGAUACAGGUAUUGCCAUAUACAGACGUAUAUCUGCUCCUGAUGAGUUCAAAGUGGGUGUGACAGCUCAUAUUGGCGGUUUUCUUGCUGGUUUAUUGCUUGGAGUACCAGUUUUAAAGAAUGUUCAAAAGUUGCCGUGGGAGACAACAUUAGGCUGGGUGACGUUAGCUCUAUAUUUAGCCUUUGUAGCCUUCGCCAUCAUGUUUAACGGAUUUUAUAAAGGUUAUCCAGCCACAGACUGGUCCUAGGAGAACUGUGUAAUAUCUAGUGCAAUCAAUGUUUUUAAUGGUUUAAACAAGAAAUAAAUGUUAAAUGUGACCCCAUAGCACCUUAAUUAACCCUUAAACGCCUGGUACAUGUAAAUAUUAACUACCCCCAGUUCUCUGAAAGUCUUUUUGACAUUGUAUUUCAUGUAGAUUAUUUUUGAAACUACCUCUGCUCUCUAAACUGCCUCAAGUCACAUAAAUAGUUAAUAGAUCUAAAGUGAUUCAGGAAGUUUGAAACUCUAGUGCAGUGUUUCCCAACCCUUUUUUCCCCCCAUGUCCCGCCUUUUUUUAAGAAAAAAUCUGGUGCUCUACCACAUUUAUAUAAACCCAUAAUUCAAAUAUACCUUCAACAAAUUUUUUUCACACAAAUAGAAAUUAAGGCAUUUAAUCAAAUGCAGAUACCUGUAUCUCACUCAAAUUUUCCCAGGCCCCACCUUGGGAAUCACUGCUCUAGUGGGAGCUGUAGUUUCGAGCAGUUCAGGUGAUAAAGGGUUAAUUUAGAUAAGUAUUGAUUUCUUGUUGAACGUGUAAAUCAUAUUUUUAUUUAGGCCACACCAAUUUCAAUUUUUUUUUCUUCAGGAAUUUUGCUUCCUAUUUCUUCCCAUUAGAAAAUUACUUACUAUUUAUUCAGCAAUUUUCUAUUUUUUUUUUUUAAAUAUUUGUUUUCUCUUCUCAAAAGCUUCUAGUUCUAAAUUUAAAGACACAUUGUCCCGAAAUACUGGAUUACCCGAAAAACACCCGCGGGGCAAGCACUGGUCAAAAAUGUCAGGGUAUCUGUAACUGGCAACCCGAAUGUUGUCCGCCAGCUUAUUGUGUUCAAGCUUGGUUGAGGAAGCGGUUGUUAUUUCUUGAUCAGAUGGUUAGGCGGUUUCGGGAACAUUGAGGGGUGUCACUACUGUCACAAAGACUCUGCAAUUAAACGGCGGAAAAAGAAGUUGACAAAAUAAUUAAGAAUUUACUUAGGCCUUAAUAUGUACGGUAAAUGGACAGAAAGUAAUGAAAAAUACAUUCUGAAAAAUGGACCCUCCCUCAAUGAAGUUAGGUGACAAACAUGGCUUCUGUCAACAGUUUAUUUAUAGCUUGAGGUAUCUCCCUGUGAAUACAAAGUUUUGAGAGUGAAUUGAAGCAAAAUUUUGAUAGAUUAAUUAGUUUGAAUAUGUUUUUAGUCCAAAUGUAUCAUCAAAUGUAGUUUUAAACAAAGCAUGGUUAAUGAAACUCGAACAGAUAUAUAUUAAUUAAUUUCCUGAAGAAGUAAAAAUUAAAAUGGGUUUGGCCUUUCCAUCUAUCAUCUGUUGAAUAUUUGUAUUUUCUAUAUGGAUAAAUUUAAGACAUUUUCACUGACCCAAAAUAAGUGCCUGAGUAUGAGUCAUAUUUAUCAGCCUUGAUUGGCUGGAAGUAUAAUUUACAUGACAUAAACUUAGAAUUAGAAUUUUAAAGUAUUUAUCCUUAUAACACAUAGUAAUAAAUGCAGUUAUGUGAGUUAAGAUACAUUAGUUAAAAGAGGGAUGAGAUUGGUGCGAGUUAAAGAUACAUCAGUUAAGAGCUAAAUCUGCCUAUUGCAAGUCUUUCUUUAUGCCUAUUUCUAGUCCAAACUUCCAACAGUGACAACUUCAUUUAGAAUAAAGUAAUUUGACUGAAAUUUUCAAUAUUUUCUUUUUUUUAUCAUCUACUUUUGAAUUAUAAAAGCAAGAAUGGCCAACUCUUUAUUAAACUCUUAACUAAUGUAUCUUUAAAAAAAUUGGGAUAAUACUAAAACUUGUCAUGUUCUUUGGAAUAAAUAUCGCUUGCUAAUUCAAGGGCUCUGUUUCUGAAGCUCAGAUUGUUAAAAUUUCUUGAUAAAUUUGUGUUGUUUCUUGCAUAAGGUAGACUAAGAAAUUGAAGUAGUAUAACAUUUUUCUUAAGUUUUUUAAUUUCUGCUUUUUAUCCAAAUAAAAAAAAACCCAUUUCAACUGGGCAUAUAUAUAUGUAUGUCCAAUUGAGAUGGGCUUUUUUUUUUUUAACUCUCUCAAAAUAUUUAUAAAAUAUGACCCACACCAGAAAUGUAUUUAAAGUGUAUUAGUAAAAAUUUUUGAGUAGAGCCUACUUAUUAAGUUGAGCGAUAAAAUUGUUUUAUUGUCCUCAGCCAAGGAAAGUUGAGUAGGAAUUAUAGAGAAGUUAUGACAUUAUAACUGUUAACAUCAUUAUUUAUUUAUAACAUCGAUAGUCUUCAUUACUUCCAUGUCCCACAUAUAUGUAUGAUCACAUAAAUUUAGACUACAUUAUCCACAUCUGUAUACAAUGGUUGCUAUGAGAUGGAGGACUGGAUAUGAUUUAGAAUAUAAAAUCCACAUCUACUCAGGUGAAUUAAAUAUAUAUCAGUAUUUGUGUCAAAUUUUAAACAUCAAUCCACCUAUUAUCAUUUAGUUACAUUUAGCUUUUGUAGAUUUGAUUUACUGUGUUUUUAUAUAUUAAUAUUUCUAAUGUAAAUAUAAGCCAGGUUGUUUCUAUGAACAUAAGUGUGGGGGGGGGCAAUUUCAGUUUGGGGGGUGUGCUAAGGGAAUUUGCCCGAAAAUUUUCUUUGUCACUCAAAUUUUCAGAAUGAAUCAAUCCUUAUACAAUUAUAUAUCUAUGAUAUAUAAUCUCAUAAUUCUCAUUCUCUGUUGUUUGUAUCGUAAAACGUAAAUACAUUGCCUGCAAAAUGGACGGUUUACCGAAUCCGGGGGGGGGGGGGGGUGAGACUGCAGCCCCCAUGGCUCCUGUGCCUAUGUACAUGUCGUCAAGUUGUUGCAACAAAGAGAGGUACACAAUCAACAGUCAUUGGUUUUUUAAAGUGCUUGCUCAAGCUCGUGUGACUGGAAUCUCAGUCGAGAUAUUUUUGUUGAGCUCCUUACAUUAUGAAGAUGAGGCCAGUCUAAGGUUAUAUAAAUAAUUACAUAAAUUACUAAAAUAUGUAAUAUGCCAGAGGGCUAGUCAACAUUGUUCUUUCAAUUUUACAAAAAAUAAGGAAUGAAACGUUCUUUAUAAAUAGAACUGGGAGAAAUGAAACGCAAUGGGGUUUAAUGUCCUACUCUUCUGCACUGACUGGGAUAGUGAAGAUGGAAGAACUGGGAGACACAGAAGAUCAGUGGAUAACGUGCUGGCUCACUAACAAGGACCUCUUGGCUUUGAUUCAGGUUUUGGUCAAAGAAGUUCCUCAUGAUUUUGCUGUGUAUUUUCCCCCUUGUUACUAGUGCAGGAAGGACAACCUGGCAAGGAACAUUGUCUAGUCAUUCAGAUGGGACAAAAACAAAGAGGUCAUGUGUAUGCGUCUUCAUUAGCAAGUUUGGUGCAGAAUAGAAGGAUGUGAAACCACAUUUUAUUUCACCUAAACAUUAUUUUUCAGCCCUUAUUUUUGUUCAAUUUAAACCAGGGAAAUGACUACCAGCCAUGGGGCAUCUUUAAUUAUAAAAUGUUUAAAAUGUGAAUAUUUAUAUCUUCCUUGCUUUCAUAUCUUGCCAUUCAUUGGUGUUAUUCUUCAUUGUAUUUACAUCAUAUUUUAUAUUUUUCUACGUUUUUCUACCUAUGGUGAUGAAACACACAAGUUCUCCCGGAGAGGAGUCAACAUAGGCCUAGCUUGUUCCCCAAUCCAUUUUUAAAUGAAAUAAAUAUUGUUUAUAAAAAAAAUAUAAGUUAUCACUUAUUUAAAGAUGAUUUAUUUAAAGAUGAUUUAUGUAAGAGCUAAAUCUGCUUUUAUAAAUUAUUAUUUAGACAUUAAUUCACAACCGUUAUCUACUGUUUUCAGUAACUCUGCUUAAAGUCAGAACUCGAUUACCAUGGUUAACUCAUAUAUUUUUCAAACAAUAUCGGAUGUCUGCGAUAUUAAGUAGAGUCAAGACUUUUUUUAUUAUCGUAACAACAGUAUUAAUGACAUUCAAGGCUAGUCUAUAAUUAUAUUGCCGAUUCCUUGUCUCAAGAGUUAAGUAAUUUGACUGAAAUUUUAAAAAUAUUCUCUUUCCAUUAUCUAUUUUUUAUCUAUUAUAGCCGCUUAGCUAAUGCUGCUUUAAUUCAUACUAGAAUGUACACAAAUUGAUUAUUGAACUAAUCUGAUUAAAAUACAGACCUAUAUUUUGUUUCAUUUUUAUAUACUUCCGAUAGUCUUCACUACAUGAAGUUCUGACCGGUUGUAGUAAUGGUCGUGUCAGAGGUCACACAAGCGUCUUUUGACCUUAUGAUGUCAGACAUUUGGUUAAUCAAUCAGCAGUGAUGUUUCUAGUGGGUUACCCACAGUUCCGCGCUGCACAGACCGUUUCAUUGGCUAACCCCUUACAUGAUCCAGAAUGCGUGUAGAUCCUAGUGUAGUAAAGACAACUAAAAGGAAAUUUUGAACUCUAAAAAACGAAACGAAUUAGAAUCUGUGUUUUAAUCAGAUUGUUAUUAUGAUCGUUUAAUUAAAGAUACAUUAUGGGAGAUUUUUAUAGAGAGUUGGUCAUUCUUGCUAUAACAGUUCAAAAAUAGAUGAUGAAAAAAGAAUAUAUUGAAAAUUUCAGUCAAAUUACUUUAUUCUGAACAUAGUUAUCAUCGUUGUAAUAUUUGACUAGAAAUGGUAGGGAAAUGUGCCUUCACCUUGGUUGAUCGUUUGAUUGACAGGCGUUAACUCCACCUACAUAUCUCGAUUAUCAAGUAAAGUUUUCAAUGGCAUGCGGAAACGCUCUACAGCGGCCUCGCUAAGUACACUCUAUCAUUUAGCCUCGAUCUAACUGACGUAUUCUCAUCAGGGUGCGCCAUAUUUGAAUUUAUCAAUGAGUGAAAUCCUAUUUAAAUCCGAGCUGUAGCCGAGCCAUCCGUGGGUCUACAGAGUUGAUUUUGGGCUUGUUGUUUAAAUAAAGAUCUAAUUUAUAAUUUCUAUAACAUCUGAAGCCUAAAUUAAGACUUGCAAUAAUCAGAUUUUUCUCUUGCAUAAUGUAUGUUUAAGAAAAAAAUCUAAAUAUUAACAGUAGAUAAUCUCUUGGUUUUUGUUCAUUUGGAUUAAAAUUUGGCCCAUCAAAGAUUUUAGCAAAGAUUAUGGGUGGCGCUGGUUUGUUUUUAACCAUAACUCAUUUAUAUCAUUUCUAGAGGAUGCCAAUACAAAUGUUGACAAAUUUUCAAUUCAUCAUAUUUUUGUAAAUACUGAACUGAAUUGAAUCAUAUUUUGACUCGUAUUCCUUUUAGAAAAUCAACAUUCACAAUAUUGUGAUUUUCAAGGGAUUUACAACCCCUUAAUGAUGAUCAGAGACUUUAAAUCAUCAAUUUGAGUACAUUUUAGGGUGGAUUAAACUCUGACAUAUUAGAUGUAAGGGGUGGGGGCAGAGGCAAACAUCAAAUUGAAAUACUUUUAUGGCUAGACAUAAUCUGUUUGUUUUGUUUAAUACAGUAUUGUGUUUUACAUUUUUAUUUCUAAUCAUAAUAUAUUUUUGCCUAUUAAAUUGUUUUUUUUUUUACUAAUUUAAAACUAUAUUGGUAGGCCUAUAUUUGAAUAGGUUAUGCAAAUAAUCAAGACAUUUAUUUUACUAAAUCUAAAUUCAAUGUUGUUUUAUUGUUAUUAUAAAUUUCGGAUUCAUAUUGGCUUAUUGCAAUAUAAUUAAUUGUUAAUAAAACCACCUU